AUGGCGGCGAUCCCCCCAGAUUCCUGGCAGCCGCCCAACGUAUACUUGGAAACCAGCAUGGGGAUCAUUGUGCUCGAGUUGUACUGGAAGCAUGCUCCAAAGACCUGUAAGAACUUUGCUGAGUUGGCUCGUCGAGGUUACUACAAUGGUACCAAAUUCCACAGGAUCAUCAAAGACUUCAUGAUCCAGGGAGGUGACCCAACAGGGACAGGUCGAGGUGGUGCAUCUAUAUACGGCAAGCAGUUUGAAGAUGAACUUCAUCCAGACUUAAAAUUCACAGGGGCUGGAAUUCUUGCAAUGGCCAAUGCGGGGCCAGACACCAAUGGCAGCCAGUUCUUUGUGACCCUGGCUCCCACGCAGUGGCUCGACGGCAAACACACCAUUUUUGGCCGGGUGUGCCAGGGCAUAGGAAUGGUGAAUCGAGUGGGAAUGGUAGAAACGAACUCUCAGGAUCGCCCUGUGGACGACGUGAAGAUCAUCAAGGCAUACCCUUCUGGAUAG